CCUGGCUUGAAGAUCCGAAAUCGUCAGCUCCUGCUUUUUGUGAAGAAAAAAGUUUCCUUCAGCUGCGCUCCUCCAGAGCUGCCUCUGAAAGGGAGGUCUGAUGUGGUUUUGCAAACACUGAGGAGGAUUCCAACGCCAUGGAGUUUCGGCACCUAAUCGUUUUCCUUUCCAUUUUUGCAGCCGGCAUAUCGAGGCGAACUCUGGAGAAUUCAAAGCAUGAAGAGUCCUGUGUCUCUCAAUGUGCUGAAAUCAAUGUGCUGCCUCUCCCAACUGGAUCCAGAUUCAGCUAUAGAUACUCCACUUCGACCAACACAUUCCUUCCAGGAAGGGCUGAAGAAAGGAGUGGCAUUUCCCUUGAAGGCACCGCUGUUGUUGAAGUGCUGGCAAGAUGUCACAGAGUCUUAAAAUUGCAGGAUGUCCAGAUCAAGAAGACAUCUGGAUCCAAAGACAGGCUGCACAAAGAAAAUGGAAGUUUAAGGGAAGCGCUGGAGCAGCAUCCCCUUUGGUUUUGCUACCAUAAUGGAAAGAUUCUGAAGAUUUUCCCCCAAAGGAGUGAGCCAAUCUGGGCACUCAACAUCAAGCGCGGCAUCCUCAGUGCUCUUCAGACAUCCUUGGUGGCAACGACCAAUGGCAGCGUGGAAGAGGUGGAUGUCCUGGGGAAAUGCCCAACCAGAUACCAGCAGAAAGGGCCUCUCCUUUUGAAGACGAAAGAUUUAAACCUGUGUUCUCACCGGUUUUCUGGAUUUACUUCUCUGAGGUCCAUUGCUUUGCCCAGUGCACCACCUGAUCAGCAGCUCAUAUCCUCCAAACUUGAGUGUGUUCAGAAGUUUGAGGAGGGAAUCCUGGCAGAAUCCCAAUGUAUAGAGUCUCAUCUCACUACAUCUCCUGGGAGGAAGGGCAGCGGAGUGAAAACCCAGACUCGGAUGGAAAUGAAACUGUUCCGAACGGAAGCUGAAAUCACCGCACAUGAAAGAGUAGACACCAAGGAUAUCUACGAGAGCAGCCUGUUAUAUGAAAGGGGAAAAACAGCACGAUGGCCGGGAAAGGAGGAUGAGGUGGCAGUGGUCUCCAAAAUUCUACAGAAGCUUUGUAUGAAUCCUAGAGCGGAUUCCGAGGCAAGUUAUUAUAUAUUUUUUUGUCAUAGUUAUUGGUUAUUGCUGGUGUUGAAAAUGUGGCACUUGCAUGGGAGAAAUGGAAUUCUUGUGCUCUUCCUCUGCCCCUGCCCCCCAAAAAAGAUUGAUAGCCUUGUUGUCCAAUAAUUUGCACAAGCCUCUUUUAAAGCCAUCAUGUAUUAUGGCAUUAGCUUUCAUGAACCAGAAUCUAGCUGCAGACAAAUUGUAUUUGUGUUUGGGGUGAGUGUGUCAUGUGAAUCAGCCCUGAGAUGUAUUGGCUCCAAAGGGGCCCAAGAUAAAUAUGUACUUUUCAUCAA